AUGCCAAUUAACACGAAAUGGCUCACAGUGCAAUCCCCAAAUCCGGCAAUUCUAGCGCUCGUCCCAUUACUUUUCGACUAUCUCUCAGCCAAAACGAGCUUUUACCAAAGAGCGGGUUCUCACCGCGAGAUGGAAGCUACGGACGAGGUUGCGAUUGUGGUCCCCGACCCGUCUUUCCCUGAAGAGACAUAUAAGGACUACAAGCCUUUCCCAGAUGCAGUGCAGAAGACGAUCGAUGAAAUCUUGGCUGAAGAGGAAAGCCUCGAGGAGGGCCGGAGCCACCAAUGGCCUUUCUACUCAGGCGCCGACCAAUAUGACGAAUCAUCAUUCUUUACUUCUUCCUACGGGCAAACUCCUCCCCCUGUGAAGAGAUCUCCAGUCUCAACGAGGUCGAAGAUCAAAGGCAAACAACACAAGACAUUGAAUACUACCGAAGCCAGGAAGAAGAGGUCAACAGCCACAAGAACCAUCACUGUCGUUGAUCUUUGCAGUGACGGAGAUGAACAAGCCACAGACGGGAUGAGCUUCAAAGACGACAAGCAUCGCAGAGAUUCCGAGGUCGAAGACGCGUACUUCAAUACUACGGAAGUUACCGCAUCUCUAAGCACCCAACCUCAGGCCAGCCAUUCCAUUCAAUCGAGGCCGUUCGAUGUAAAACAUGGCAAGACUGAGAUUUUGAGGGGUUCUGAUGAAAUGACAAUAGCGGAACCGAAAAAUCUCGGUAACAACGAUGGCAAAACAGCUGCUGAUAAUGUUGCACCGGCUAGUCCAUCAGCAAAAGUUUCUGUCAAAACCUUGAGCCUUUCAAGGCAAGACUAUGAGGAGGAAUCUUCCAUAUUUCGGAAUGUCAAAAAGUCAACGAAACGUCGUAUAUUGCGCUUCAUCGCGGCCCAUCCUUUCAUGUCUCAUUCUGUACAGCCCGUUUGGCGAUCCGAGCGGCAGCAAUUCAUUAAGGAUAUGGUUGCCGAAGCAGUCAAGCUGGGUCUUGAAACGUCUUUGCUUUGGAGCUUGAUAAUGUACGUGCGCCGGCUUUAUCUUGUCAGAGUCGGAGUUGAAGCCGGACCGAUUGCGGACGACACCAAUGACCCAUGCUUCGGACAAGAGGUGGAUGACACUGCCUCAAAGCCCUCCACCUCUCAAAUAUGUCAGAGAAAAAUUCCUGGCCAUGGACCUGCCAGUAGCCAGCACGAUAUGACUAAGGUCACCGCACGCGCCGAUGAGAAAACCGCGCCUAUGCGUGACUUGACCUGCAUAGCUACAGACGUCCCGACACCACCAUUAUCUGCACCACUCACCACUGCGUUUGAUGAGAGGACCGAUGAUGUGAAUAAGGACCCUGUGUGUAAACAACCAAACUCUGAAUUUACUUACUGCAGUGAUCACGGAAUGAAGAACCAUGGAAAGACCGAGGCUCCUCUCUCUAUCAAAACGGCAUCCAAACCAUGCUCUUUACUCACAGAAGCUCAACUCCGCCAAAAUGACGAUCCCGCAGCCAUUGCUGACCCCAUCAAAAGUUUUGAUGACGCUCCUUGGGAGACAACAGGCAUCCCUGAAGUAUCAUACUCAUUUGAUGUUUCGCAUGAGAAACUCACCGAGUCAAAGCAACCGCUCAAAUUUGUGCCAUCAAAAUCUUCGAAACAUGAAAGGAAUCAAGGCCCGUCAAGUGCUUGCAAUUAUCCAGCGAUGAGCGAACCGGAGAUUGGUGCUUCCGAGCCCCAAUGCCUCACAUUACACGAAAAAUCAGCACAGACUUCCGAUCGGACGUCAUCUGAUCAGCUGAGCGCUCAAACAGCCUCGAAAAGUCAAGCUUCUGCUAUCGCAAAGAUGUCAGAAAGGCAAGAACAGAAAUCCAGAAGACGGAUGAUCGAGGUUGCCCGAAAAACGUUCGAUGGAAUGCCAGCUUCGUCUCCACUUCAAGCUGCUGGUGAUCUCGCGAUCAGCGAUCAGCCAGCCAAGAAGCGAGAGGGCUCAACGUCCGUGACAAGUCUAAAUUGUCACUCAAACCGGGAGCUAUUGGCCGGUACAACGAGUGCACCAGUCACCGGACCAGAUGCGAAUCAGGGACAAGAAAUGCCAUCUCUUGGGCUGGAUGAGCCUGUCUCAAACGUUGCUCAAAGCAUGUCCAAGAGCCAGAAGAGAAAGGAGAGGAAGAGAUUGAAGCGCGAAAAGAAGCAACUCAAGUACCAGCAAAAGAAAUCCAGGAGACAAGAGGCGCAAGAAGAAAGCACUUCAAAUGAGCCAGAUCGGUCUCCUGAAAAUACUUUUAGGGAGAAGCCAGUUUUGACUGGUAAAGCACCCGUUCUAUCGUCUAAGCCUCUUACGAUAGACACCGAACCGAGAAAAGCAAGAAAACGGAAGGACUGUGCGCAGAAACUUGAAAAGAAAAAGGAGCGCAAACGAAAACGGAAAUCACGCAGGCGGGAGAUGGGGAGCAGUUCUUCUAACGGUAAUCGAGGACAUGGUGAUUUGCUCUCAGAUGGGGAGGAAAAUGGAACAGAGGCGCCCAACCGCGCGAUAGAGAAUCACAGAUCCAAAAGGCGAAAGCUGGAAAGCCCUGUCGAUUCGCUUCAUUUGUUUGGGACGACAAACACCGGGCUUUCGACGCCCGCUCAUGAUUCUAUGCGAAUUCGGAAAAAUCCCGAGGACAGAAUAUCAUAUUCUGAAAACAAGCCUGACUCGCAAUUAUUGGAUUUUCAAGACGAAAGACCAAGGAUUCCAGGCAAUGUUCGUGAUCUUCACGCGGACCUGGCUGUGCCCCCGGACAAAGCCACCAAGUUGCAAAGGCCAAGACAAAGCUUGGCGACUACAUUCUCGGCGCCCUCGCGAUCGGCGGGCAGUCCCCGAUCGCGAUCUUCGGGCUUGUCACCUGACAUGGAGGAGGUGCGGGACGAGGAUUUUUAA